GGGGUCUUCAAAAUACAGAGGGCUCUUUCUCCUAUUUAUAUAGAUCCAAAGCCCUUUUGGAAAGAUACAACUUGUCAAGAGCAUCGAAAACCUCGAUCAACCCUGAUUCAUUCUCGAAGUAAUUAACAGUGUCUUUCUCCUAUCACAACAAAAUCUAAGAAAGAUGAGUCAUGGAUUGAUUUCAGGAAACGGAGCUCGGUUCCAUCUCUAUACAACACCUAGUACUUUGUGUAGAAGAUCAACUGGAGAAUCCAUUUUCUUCAAUAACCAUCAUCCCAAAUUAAGCAUUUCGAUUGAAAAUCGAUCUGGGUCGUUCAGAACGAAGGCCGCCAUUAAUGAUAGGUUCAUACCUGCAAGUCUGGAGAUGAAUUUUUAUGAGUUGUUAGGGAUUUCAGAAAGUGGGUCGUUCUCAGAAAUCAAACAAGCUUAUAAGCAGCUAGCGAGGAAGUACCAUCCAGACGUUUCGCCACCUGAAAGGAUAGAGGAGAACACGAAGAGAUUCAUUCAAGUACAGGAGGCGUAUGAGACAUUGUCUGACCCAAAAAUGAGAGCUUUGUAUGACAGGGAUUUGUCAAGGGGCUUCCAUCUAGCUUUCUCAGCUCGCAAUGGCUAUCCAUUUGAUAAGGGAUUGGAGGAAAGAAAAUAUUGGAAGAGCAAUUGGGAGUCUCAACUUGAGGGGUUGAAGAGGAGGAGUAUGAAGAAUGAUGAUUUAAGAGAGAACAUCAUCUCAUGGGGAGCUCGAAUGCGUGGAAGAAUGAAUGAAUCAUCAGUCAAUUUAUAAUUUAUUAUUUUGAUGUGUAUAUUUAUAUUUCACUUCCGCUUGUAUAAUUUAUUUCAGGGGAAGUUGGUUAAAUCAAAGAUCAAUACCCUAAGGGAAAAAAAAAAAACUAAAGAUUGUGUCUUUUUUAUUCUUUUCUUUCUCUCUUUUUUUUCUUUUUCUUUUUUCAGCCUUAUGGGCUUUUUCCACUUUUUCCACUUUUUCCACUUUUUCCACUUUUACCACAAAAGGUAAUGGAUUUGUCUUGAGCCUGACCAAUUCUUCAGUUGCCAAAUUUGAAUUGGGCUCUUGCUUCGCCUAGAAAGAGUAUUAAAUUAUGUAUAAGCAUCAUAAUUAGUUUUGACCGUUGAUCCUAUUUGACGUAAUCUGAAUCAUUCUUUCUUUUCAACUGAUUACUUGUUAUUUCGAUUUACUUUUCAACUGGGUUUGCAACUCUAAGUGACUGUUGGACCGAAAUCCUCUUCG